UGGGACCCUGGGCAGCCUUUGGGGAGCACCCAGACUGUGGUGUGGCUCGGAACUGGGAAACACAGACUGACAAGAACUCAAAGUGCCUUUUCCCCGGUUGUUUUCAGCCCCCUCUUCACAGGUGAAACGGUGUCUCUGGUGGACGUGGACAUCUCUCAGAGAGGACUGAGCUCCCCUCACCCUCCGACUCCGCCGCCGCCUCCGCGCCGAAGCCUCAGCCUGCUGGAUGAUAUCAGUGGGACGCUGCCUACAUCUGUCCUAGUGGGUCCGAUGGGGUCUUCCCUGCAGUCUUUCCCUCUGCCUCCGCCUCCUCCGCCCCACGCCCCAGAUGCCUUCCCCCGGAUCGUUCCCCUCCGACCGACAGAACCAGCACCCAGCCAGCCCACCCCACACCUCCAGUGCCCGCUGUACCGCCCGGACUCCAGCAGCUUUGCAGCCAGCUUGCGAGAGCUGGAGAAGUGCGGGUGGUACUGGGGACCCAUGAACUGGGAGGAUGCAGAGAUGAAGCUGAAAGGGAAACCAGAUGGAUCCUUUCUGGUGCGGGACAGUUCUGACCCCCGUUACAUCCUGAGCCUCAGCUUCCGAUCGCAGGGCAUCACCCACCAUACCAGGAUGGAGCACUACAGAGGGACCUUCAGCCUGUGGUGCCAUCCCAAGUUUGAAGACCGCUGCCAAUCUGUGGUGGAGUUCAUCAAGAGAGCCAUCAUGCACUCCAAAAACGGGAAGUUUCUGUACUUCCUCCGAUCCAGGGUCCCAGGUGAGCAUCCCACCAGGACCGAGGGGCAGCUCCUGCUGUGGGUACAGACAGCUGUGGGUACAGACAGCAGUGUGCCAGGAGCAUCCUGUGCUUGAGACAGAGAGCAGAGC